AAUGGGCACUAUUCUUAAUGUCGGACAAUUUAUUACUAGAAUAAGUUAGCAGACUAUAAUAUCUGAGAUUUCCAGGGUCAUGCAAGAUGCAACGUCAACUAUAUAAGGAAGAAUCAAGCCUGAAUUGUUUUGCUGCACUGUUGAAGUGACACAGACACGCCUACGAAAUAAACAUGCAUUCUUCAGCUCUUCUCUACACAUGCAUUCUGAGCAUGCUCAGUCUGUCUCGUGGCAUUCCUAUCCGUCCAGAUAGUCUGAAAAACUUGGUCAAACUGCAAGCAGAGACCAUCAACUCAAGAAUCAAGGAACACAUUGAGAAGUUGAAUCUGUCUCCAAAGCUGCUCAUUGGGGCCGAGCUUCAUCCUGAGAUUCCUGUUGAUAAACCCAUCCAAGGGUUGAGCUCCAUCAUGGACACUCUCACCACCUUCCAGAAGAUUCUUCACAGCCUGCCCAAGGGUCACGUGAGCCAGUUACACAUUGAUGUGUCGACAUUGCUGGGUUACCUGAAGGAAAGGAUGAGGUCUCUGCAGUGCACGCCCAAGAAGACAACCAAUGAGAAGUCUCUGGAAGCUUUCUUAGCGGACAAUGCCACCCACCCCAUCACCGUUGGCUUCAUGACUUUAGACAGACUACAAAAAUUCAUGCAGCGGCUCACUGUUAACCUGGACCAGCUAAAGACCUGCUAAUUACUUGCCAUUAUUGUAGCAUACUAGUAUACUAUUUAUUAUAUUUAUUUAAAACACUAUAUAUUUAUAAACCAAAGCAGUAUUGAUGCACAUUUUCUAUGAAUUUACAUGUACAAACAGUUUUAAAAUGAAUUCCUAAAGUACUUCCCUGAUAUUAAAGGGAUAGAGCACCCAAAAAAAUACAAAUUCAGUCAACAUUUACUCACCCUCAUGUCGUUCCAAAGCCUUAUGACUCUGUUAAUUUUUUCCCCACACUGUCAUUCUGCAUAACAUCUCCUUUUAUGAAAGAAAGUCAUAUGGGCUUGGGACAAAAUAAGGUGAAUGUAUGAAGUAAAUGAAUGAAAGAAUUUACCUUUUUGGGUGAACUACACUGCAAAAAAUAUUUCUUUUACGGAGUAUUUUUGUCUUGUUUUCUUUCUAGUAAAAAAAUCUACAUGAUAAAUGUACUUGAUACGCAAAAAGACAUUAUAUGCAUAAACAUUGACAAUAUAUUAACCUUGGGGUAAAAAAAAAGAGAAACUAGUUUAUUUUUCUUACCCAGAUUGUUGGAUGUAAUCUGAUGACAUAGUAACUUCAAAUGGUCUGUCCUCUAUGUAAACAAACACACUAGCAGUCUGUUAUCUGCACACAUUGCUGUGUCACUCUUUGACCUGUUUGCACGAUGACAUCACCACUUGCUGAGCAUGCUUGAUGAUGUCACAGUCUUACCAGAAGAGCUCAGUCAGAGUCUGCUGGGAAGCGCGGAUCAUUUUCCACUUUUACGUCUUGCUGCAAUGCCCGCAGGGGUCCAAAGUGAACAUGUUUUCCAAUUGUGCAAGUUCUAAUUUAAUAACAUUUUUAUUAAAUAUAUUUUUUAUCCAUUUUACGGUUUCUUUUAAAUUUUUCAGAAUUCAAAAACUUCUGUUUCAAGGUGUAAAUCUGAUUUUAAAUCCCAGAUUAUCAAUGUGCUCGCAGACUUUUGGACCCCAUCUGUACAUUAUAUUUUACUACAGUAUAAAUCAAUGCACUUUGAAUAUCUGAAGAAUAGUUUUGUAUUUUUGUGACUGAUAUUUUACUGUAAAUGUUUGUUUUUUUCUCCACAAAAACGUUACCAAUAAAGAACACUUUAAAUGACAAUGGUUAUUUUGUUUCACUGUAGCACAGCAGUAUAAAUGACAAUGCAGUAAAGAUGUAUAGGUUUAGAAUAUGAACACAUCUUACAAACAUAAGCUUCAUCUAUGAGACCGGAAACAGUUUCUACAGUCGAGUGUUUCAGCAAAACCCAAAAGGAUAAAUGCGGUAAAUCGGAUAAACAUGGUAAACCAAAAAUGUUUGCAAAACAACAAAAAACAC